AUGAAAGUUGGUGACAUCGCUACAGCCCAUAUCGUCUACUCCAUUCGCACACAAGUACUCGAUAGUCCACAUUUUCCACCAGACUCCGAUUCGUUCACGGUUUCACGGCGCUACAAAGAUUUCCGGUGGAUCUACCAUCAGCUCCAAAAUAACCACCCUGGAAAAAUCAUCCCUCCUCCGCCCACAAAGCAGACGUAUAUCGGACGGUUCAACGAAAAUUUCAUCGAAGGGAGGAGACUCUCUUUAGAAAAAAUGUUGAGCAGAAUAGCGCAUGUUCCCCAACUUCGUGAUGACCCAGACUUCGUUUGCUUCUUGCUGAGUGAGGACUUUUUGAAGGACGCAAAGGAAAGAGAACGACUUAGUGGAACCACCCAGUUGCAUGACAAUGACGAGCACGAUGAAAGAGGUGCUGGCUCUCGAUCCGACUCGGUAGCCGAUGUCGGCAGUGCUGCCAGUUCAAUAGGUGGUUCCGUAGUUGCCUCUGCAAGUGCCGUUGGCACGGUUGGAACGGGAUUCAUGAGUCUUUUUUCUAUGAACAGCAAAGUUGAUGAGCCAGACUCUUUCUUCACCGACAAAAAAACUUAUAUUGACGACCUUGAAACCCAACUUGAAGGCGCUCUACAAGUCCCUCGAUACCAUAGCGGCCCAGCGUAUCGAUUUGGUGUCUCUAGCCGACGAAAUUCUGAUCGUUUCCAAGGAAUUGGCAGCGGUAGAGAUUCUGAAAACUACUAG